AUGCUCUCAUUUGAGGACUAUACAAUUCAGUUGGAGCUUUUAUACAAAUCUCAUGUGUUUCAAGAGAAAAAUGGUUAUGUUACCCAUAAUAUUAGUAAAACUAUUUUUAUCGUCUACUUGAAAGCAAACAAGCGAAUUGCAGAGAUCACUGGAGCCACCAUAGUUAUUCUUAGAAUAGAAUAUAGUCAAAUAUAUAGAGAGCCGACCCUUUACAUUCAAUUACAACAAGAGUAUACUGAUGUUUCUGGAUUCUUAGUUACAAAAUUGUGUGUAAUUCCUGAUAUGACUAUCAUAUUACCUAACCAUAUUCAGGGUUCAUUUGUUAUAGAACCCGAACAAUGCCAUGGUGCUAUCUGGUGGUGUUUUCAUCAAUGUAACACAACAGAUAUUGUAGGAGAUGGUGAACUAUAUAAAGAUACAUAUUUAAAGAGAUGGAUAAGUUCAUAUAUAGAUGCUUGGGUAUAA